GCUCGUCAUCAGGGAAUCUCUCGUGUUGUGGUGCUUAGUGAUUACUCUCCGAGAUCGAAACUUAUCACUCGUGGACUUUGACAUUUUUCACAGUGCUGCAGAAGUAAAAUAUUCAUCUUAGGAAGAUCUUUGCUGGUUUACAGAGGCUGGAAGAUUCGGAGAUCCCGAGGACACUUUCGGUGAAUAACAGCCAUUCCCUAUAGUCUCGAAGUAUCCAACCCAAUUGUGGACCACAGAAAAUAAUGGCCAGGCAGCAGACAGCCGACAGAAACAUCCCUCACCUUCGGGAUAUUUUCGGUUUUGGUAACAAAUGGGAGAACACUCGGAUCCAGGCUGAGGAGAAGGCUCCAGGACACGACAGCGCGGUGUCUGUGGGCUCCACUUCCGGUGAAGAGGAGAGCCCGAAGAAUAGCAAGAAGAAGAAGUCUCGUCGUCGCGACAACAGCAAAACUUUGACUGAGAGCGACGUGAAACACUUGGAGAGACAUCUGUCUAUGAAGAAGACCAUCCGGAAGAAGAUCAUGCGCGACCUACAGCAGGCGUUCGUCGAAGACCCCAAUGAAUUUCGAGUUGACGACAUCCCGCCUGAACAGCUCAAGGCGGAGAUCAAUAUCCAGAGCCUGAGCUUCGGGACACCAUCCCAGAAGCAGGGACGCACGCGUGGCAACACUGAGAACACGUUUCUGGACAUGUUACGUGCUGGAGGUCUGGAAAAAAAUUCUGCAGACGGUGACAGGGACUCAGGCCACGGUGGAUCCCCAACGAGGGAGACACCGAGUGCACAGGAUACAGACGAAGAGUCGAGCUACCCCUACGACACACCGGUUGCAACGCCAUCGAAGAAGAGUGGCAACUUCUGGAGACGUUUCACCAUGAAAAGCCGCAAUAAGCGGUAAACGCUUGGUCGAACGAUUAAGUUCACCUGACACCAGACACUUCAUUUCCACUUCUGUAACUCUACGAACUUAGUUAUUCGAGCAGAGCUUGCAACUGUGAUAUAUACCACGAGAAAGGAAACCGCGUGAUCAGCACACUCCCCAAUUUUUAUUGUACCCAAUCUCCAGAAGCUUCUAACGUCCAUCUGCAGAGAAACCAGGACCAAGAACCCGGCAAAAUAAAAAAGAAAAAAAGAAAUGACCAACGAUCUAAAGUCACGUGUUUAUGCACAUAUCACGAGGAUAUUUUUGAGAAUAUUUUUCUGGCCAAUUUUUCUCGGGGAGAAAAUCUUUGUAAAUAGAGCUGUUCAUGGUACCAGAAGCUUCUUCGAGAUCCCAUGACACCCCAAUGUUACACGGAACCCCUUGGUGUGUACUUAAAGUAACGAUUAUUAAGUAUAAGGAACGCAACGAGAGAUGUUUAGCCUGUAAGGUAGUUAGUUUGAUAUUUUUUUCGUUUUUUUUUUUUAAUUCUUAAAGUGAAGAGACAAGGAGAACCAGGGAAACAUAAGUAUGCA